AUGCACACCAUGCCCGACAGAUUCUUCGGGGAAACAACGCCCCAGUCAUCAACUAGCGAGCGAUGGGUCGCCGACGGUCCACCAAUUCCAGCUCGGGUUCCAGCUCGAGAUGGCAAGGAUCGCCCAACCCUCAGGCUACGUAGCGCCUGCGACUUCUGUCACUCCGCGAAAGUGAAGUGUUCCGGGGGCACUGCCUGCGAUCGGUGUCUUACCCAAGACCUGCCUUGUACUUACAGUGUCGCGAUGAGGGCUGGCAAGCCAAAGGGCAGCUGCAACCGGAAGACACUUGACAAGCAUGCUCGCAUCCGCCAGCAACACGCUGCCAGGCAGGCGAGCCUCGACUGGAACUGGAGUACGCCGGCCACGAGUGGCACAAGUCUCAACGAAGCCACGUGGGUGACCGGUAUCAACGGUGUAUUGCUCGGGAUGGGUCUGCAGAUGCAAGACCAGAAUACCCCAGGUUUUGACCACUUAAACUAUGCCAGUGACCCCCAAUCCCAGUGCGUUCUUUCGCCAGACGGCAUGCCGGAGCAAGGUUGCUGCUCUAUUCCCGCGCCAACAGAAGAACCUUCCUUCGAGGCUCACUUCGCCAGUUUGUAUGGAGUCAAUCACGAGAUAUCGAACUCAGACGUUGCGGGCAGCGUCUGUGCCGACGUUGCCUCCCUGCCUUUGUCUCCAUCGGAGACGCCCGACGCGUCUGGGCCUACUGGGACAGAAGAGCAAGAGGCUUGUGCUUGUUUCAAAGAACAAACCGACUCGCUCAACAUGCUUUACUCCCUUCACCGCAUGGCCCAGUGCCAGGCCCAGGGCAACGCGUCGCCGCCGCAUGGAAUGAUGCGAUUGUACGAGUAUAUUGUUGCCGACAUACAGUGCAACAGCGGCACACUAGCUUCAAGAGAGAGAACGCCUUUAACCUCGGAAAACUUGAACGGCGAGCAGUCACACAUGUCAUGUCGAUUGGGUGAAUACGAAGCCAGUCCGGAGGAAUCGGUCGCGAUCCGACGACUGGUUGUGCGGCGGGCUCUUCAGAAAGGUCGUGAGACGCUUGCCGCACUGAAAAUGCUGACGAUGGGCGAGAGCUGUCGGGUCGAUGGUGGUAUGGUUUCGGGAUCACAAUCAAGAAAUUCCUUAUCGACCCUCAACUCGUUCGAUAUGCAAGCGACGGCAAAAACCUCUGGAACAAAGUCACAGGACGAUGACUUGCUCCAGACCGGUCUAACUGCAACUGACACAACUUACCUUCAGCAGGUCGUGUGUCGUGGCGAUGCAGUGCUGGACGUAUUUUUGCGCACGGUUUGCUCUGUAUAG